AUGGCAUUUAGUAGGCAACGACUGAUUGUGAAAGCAGAAUCUUCAAUGCAGAAGAUAAUGGAGAUCAUACAAUCUUACAGAAUGAAGUUUGCAGUUAAUUGUGAGGGGUUUCAGUAUCGACUUGGUGACUUCCAGGUGCGAGUAGGCAAAGUUGUUCAAAUAAAUUCUGAGAACUUGAGGGAAAUAGUUAUAGAGAUGGAUUAUCUUUUGAUUUCCUCAUGGGGAACAUCAGAUCUGAUUAUGAGUGAAUUCUUUGAGAUAUAUAAGGAAACUCUUGGUAAAAAAUCAUUGCCAGGUCAUUUUGUGCACACUGAACCAAAUUUUUUAAAGUUUGGCCUCUCUGAUCAAUACACUUCACAACAUACUGUCAUAAAAUAUGCUAGCAUCUUGGCUCAAAUGACAACAACAUCUCAAUCAUCAUAA